GCACAUCAUUCAUUCAUAAAAGUUGUUACCCACCGUAUAUACUAUACAUUGUAAAUAUAAUUAGGGAAAUUACAAGGGAAUAAACUGCUUGAAUAAUUUUUGCGAAUUUAUGCUUCUUAUUUUGCUUACAAGAAAGAAGCUCACUGGUUUUGCUCCCUGGGAUGGAUCAUCGGUCUCGUAAAAGGAUCCGUGAUGCUAAGCGCAGAGCAAGGCCAGAAUUAAGCUCUGAGAAGAACGGCUGGACGCGUCUCAACUACGCCACAUCGUUCGACUGCUCGCCAAACAGCGUGAACGACACGGCAGAACGUAUCGACUACGACCAGGUGUCUCCGCAGCAGUUCAUCGAGCGCUUCGAGCGGCCCAACCUGCCCGUCGUCAUCUGCGGCGCCACCCGAGAAUGGCGCGCCAACCAGCGCUGGACGCUCGAGCGCUUGGCAAAGAAGUACCGGAACCAGAAGUUCAAAUGUGGCGAGGACAACGACGGAUGCAGCGUGAAGCUGAAGAUGAAGUACCUGUCGGACUACUUCACACACGUCAGCGAUGACGACUCGCCGCUCUACGUGUUCGACGGAAACUACGGCGACCAUGAGCGGCGCAAGAAGCUGCUGGACGACUACGAGAUACCCAAGUACUUCCAGGACGACUUUUUCAAGUACUGCGGCGAGCGACGCCGGCCGCCGUACCGCUGGUUCGUCAUGGGGCCGGCACGCAGCGGCACCGGCAUUCACAUCGACCCGCUGGGUACCUCAGCCUGGAACGCACUCAUAGUCGGCCACAAGAGGUGGUGUCUGUUCCCCACGGACACUCCCGCCGAACUGCUGAAGGUGAAGCCGGGAGAGGGAAACCGACAGCAGGACGAGGCCAUCACGUGGUUCAGCGUGGUCUACCCGCGCACCCAACUGCCCUCCUGGCCCGAACGGUACCGUCCACUGGAGUUUGUCCAGAGGCCCGGUGAGACCGUGUUCGUGCCGUUCGGCUGGUGGCACGUGGUGAUCAACCUGGAUCUCACCAUUGCGGUCACGCAGAACUUCUGCUCGCGCACCAACUUUCCGGUGGUGUGGCACAAGACGGCCCGCGGACGGCCAAAGCUCAGCCAGAAGUGGCUGCGUGUUCUGCAGGAGAAGGAGCCGGAGCUGGCGCGCCUGGCGGCCACCAUCGACGUCUCCAAGAGCUCGGGCGUGGCCUCGGACAGCAGCUCGAGCUCGAGCAGCAGCAGCUCGAGCUCGUCCGAUUCGGAGCACGACAGUGGCCAGGAGAGCCUGCCCGGACACAAGAAGAAGCGACGCCGCACCGAGCGCUCGGCAACGCCGGACUCGGGAGGCGACCGGCGCAGUCCGCGCUCGGACGGCAGCCGGCGCAGCGCCGAGCGCCAGCGUCCGCGGCGCUCCUCGUCUCCGGCGCGCCGCUCCACGUCCCCGGCCCGCCGCUCGGCCAGCUGACACGGUCGUGUCUAGCUAGGUAAUGCGACGGGCGGCUCGUCGUCGGUCGCUGUCGGCCGGACUCCGCCCCGUCCCUGUGAGCUGGCUGGCGGACUCUCCGGGACUCGGCCUCUCCGCUGGAGGGGUCGCACCGGGACGACGCUGCUCGCCGAGUCACUAGAGGUGCCGUGUGGAGGAAUCACAGACACAGUCAAAGAGCGCAGGGGCCGGCUGGGUCCUUGACACUGCGCCCGGUAGCAAGAGGAAGGGAAAGACUGGAGUUGGUCCGGCUGGCCGCUAUUGUUUGUGAAAUGGCGAAAUGGCCGCCCCGCGAUACCACCUAGGCCGCGAUGUUUUUAGGUCAAGGUACGAAUUCUGGUGAUUGGCUGAAGUAGCUGGUUUGAUGAAGUCAUUUGGUCCAGUUUUCGUGACAUUCUGGAAUGACAGCAUUCGCGCCGUCCUCUGUUUAGCAUUUGGGUUGAACAUAUUCCGCGUUACAUUGCUGGGCUGAGAUUAUGCAUUAUCAUCUGUCUCUAAAACUGUAUGCUACAAAUGACACGCGUUCGGGUAAGAUCUCGCCCUUUUCUGCACCUAUUUGAUUGUUUACCUCUAUCGCAUGCGCACACUAUUCAGUCGUGUGCCUGAUAUUCAGGAACGUUUGCAACGACUGACCGUCUGUUGUGUGUCUGCCUUUCGUUUUCUCGCGCUGUUUGUUGCUUUCCUCUCCAUGUUUGCACUGUUGGCGCACAGUUCGCAACGGGUGACCUCAGGGCACAGCCGUCGAGCGGCGACGAAUACCCGCUGUUACCCAAAUAUCAGCUUGUUUCUAGUUUGACUGUAGUUGUAGAGUUGCAUUGCGGCCGGCUGGCACGUGCGGUGUUCCGAGUAAAGUUCAGGUCAGUUCCGGUUGCAUUGGGCAUUUAGAUUCGUCGCCCAUCCUGGGAGAGGCACGAUGAAGACGAUGAAGGCACGAUGAAGACGAUGAAGCUUGGUAGGACCCACUACUCUGCACAACCAGUCUCGGAGCUAAAGACGGGACCACACUACACCACUGCCGCCGUGUAUCAGCAGUCGGCCUGAGCGCACUGACGGCGGAGCGAUGUGAAGACGCCUGAACCGUCCACCACCCGGCCCACGCAGCACCGGCUGCUCCGCGCUUCAUUCGUCACCGUGUCACGCAGUGCAAGCCGCUGUUUGACAAUAUACAACGAAGUAACGACA